AUGUCUAAAAGAACACUAAAUUUAUUGUCUCGUGUUACAACUUCAAAAACUAAUCUGAAAUACUCUGCAAAAAGGAAACUAGAUUUUAAUGGUCUUCCACAGCAGGAAAUCCAGGAAUGGGUGAAUGUCUCACAGAACCAUACAAAUAAUAAUGAGUUAGAAGUAUAUAAUAAAUUAUCAACUCAGGAACCAAAAGAUAACAUUAUACAUUUGAAUGGAAAUGAUUUUGAAGUUAUAACUGAAGAUGAAUAUAUGUAUAACAAUAAUUGUUCACUAAAUGAGCCUGAAAAGCUAGUAUAUGAGUAUAACAAUCAUGAGAAAUUACAUGCAUUUGUGUCCAAGGCUGUGAGUAGUGAAGACCGGUUUGAAGAGUAUUCUAAUCAUUCGGAUGAUAUAAGUAUUAUUCCUGGCACCCCAGAAGAUACGUCCUUAUUGCUGAUCAACAAUGAUAUUCCUGGCACUCCAGAAGAUACAUUAUUGUUGGUUAACAAUGAAAUUCCUGGCACCCCAGAAGACACUUUAUUGUUGACUAACAAUGAACAAGAGGCUAAUCCGGUUAUUGGCAGGAAAGCCAGAGUUAGCAUAAAAGGUGAGACUGUUCAGUAUCGAAAUUACAUAAAGACAAACAGGAAUUCUGGUAACAAAUAUUGCACUAAUAAAGGCAAAACUGUUGAAAGUAGAUGUUCAAAAGAACUACCAAACUGUAGAGCAAAAUGUAAUUCAAAAAUUGACGAUGAAUUACGUGAGAAAUUAUUUGCUACAUAUUGGUCAAUGAAAAACCACAAUAGAAGAACUUCAUAUAUUUCUGGAUUAGUAACUUUUCACAACACAAAAGUAAACCGGAAACGUAGAUUGACACCGGAAAAACAAAAUAACAGGAAUAUAACUAUGAAUUAUUUUAUUCCUAAUAAUAAUAAACUCUUAAUUCAGGUUUGCAAGGGCUGCUUUUUAAAAAUUUUUGGCGAAACUACUAAAUUUCUGCGCAAUGUUUGCAAUAAAAAAUUGAAAUCUAUUGCUAAUAAUGUGACACCUGAUAAAAGAGGUCACACAGAGCCAAAAAAUAAAAGAACCCCUGAGGACAUACAAGCUGUAAAAGAUCAUAUUAAGAAACUCCCAACAUAUGAAAGUCAUUAUUGUCGAAAAGUUACCAGUAAAAAGUAUCUACCUCCUUAUUUUACACUCCAAGCUGCUUACAACGAAUAUACAAAAACUGUCCCAACUCCUGUUUGUAGAAGCAUUUAUGAAAAACAUUUUAAACUAUCAGGGUUGAAAGUGAAAAAUCCAAAAAAAGAUACCUGUGCUCAAUGUGACAGGAUCAAAAUGCAACUAUCCAACAGUGGGUGUUCAAGUGAAAAAAGAAACGAAUUAAACAUUGAAAAAAAAAACCACCAGGAUGAUGCCGAAGAAGCAUAUUCUUCAAAAAGAAUUGAUUCUUCUACAUCUACUAACAAUAAAUGCGUUCUAUCAUUUGAUCUCCAGCAGUGCCUCCCAACUCCACUUUUAGAGUCUUCAGUUGCAUUUUACAAGCGCCAGUUAUGGACAUAUAAUUUAACUGUUCAUAAUAUAAAUACUUCAACAGCAUCAUGUUUCAUAUGGAGUGAACCUAUUGCAAAGAGGGGAGGGAAUGAUAUUGGUUCUUGCGUUUUUAAUUAUUUAAAAUGUCUCUCAACAGAAAUUAAACAUGUAGUCAUGUAUAGUGACUGUUGCUCUGGCCAAAACAAGAACAGUAUUAUGAUGGCAAUGGUUCUUUGGUUUAUGGAGCAUCAAGAUAUUGUUACUAUAAUUGAUCACAAAUUUUUAGUUCCGGGUCACACACGAAUGGAGUGUGACUCGGAUCAUGCACGUAUUGAAAAAGGACGCAAACGAUACCCUUUACCCAUAAACCACCCUUAUGAUUGGACUCAAAUGAUUCGCUGGGUGGGAAAAGAAAAGUUUGAUGUAAUUGAUAUGAAGCAAAGCAAUUUUUAUGAUUUUAACAGUUUGUUAAAAACCAAGUACCAAAAAAAUACAAAAAAUACAAAUGGAGAAAAAUUUGUAUUCCGUGAUGUGAAAUGGAUGCGUUACGUUAAAGACCAAAAGAAUACAGUUCUUUACAAGACAUCACUAAAAGAUGAAGCUGAAUUUUUUGAACUAGAUUUGACCCGUAAAAAUAGUGAUGUAAGUAGCUUACCUUUGGCCUAUGACGAAGAACUACCAAUUACAGUUGAAAAAAAAAAAGAUCUUAUAUCACUACUACCACUGAUUCCAGAUGUGUUCCAUGAGUUUUAUAAAAAUUUAAAAACAAAGAAAAAUUUAAAUGACCCAGUACUAUCCGAUGAUGAGUAA